AUGGAUGCAAUAAUUCUUCCUAUUCCUUUAUCGUCAUUUGUGAAUGCUAGUAUUUAUGUGCCAGUAAACAAUUUUAAUAUUACUAAGGGAGAUCAAUUCAAUUUUGAAAUUAAAGAUCUAAAUGACACUCUCAUAUUCAAAAACGGUACUGAUGCUCAAUGUAUAACCAAAGAUGAUUUAAUAAGCUUUAAAACUCCAAUCCCUGAGUUGCCAUAUAACUCUUCCGAAUAUUAUGUUGUAAUUAGUAUUGGGCCUAAUGUAACAGACUCAUCUGCAUUAAAAGCCUGUGCCGCUACUAAGGAAUUUUGA